GCGGGGCGGCGCGGGGCGCAGGCGGCGCGCGCAUCCCGGGGGCCUGCGCGGGCCGAGCGCUCGGGGGCGGGCCUGCGCCCGAGCGAGCGCGAGAGCUCCUGCGCCCGGGCGCACGGCGCGAGCUGAAGCGGCGGCGCUGUGGCUCGCUGGCAGCCGGGCGCCUGCAGACACAAAGGCUGGUGGGUUGUAUGAGCAACUGGGGAGCCGGCAAAGGGAAAGCGAAAGCCGGGGGCGCGGCAGGUGACGGAGAAGGCGCCGCGCAGUCCUCCGAACCCUCCAGACGUCGGCGGUACCGGCGCCUGCACUCCUGCGCCAGUGGGGCCGAACCCGCGCGCCUCAGCCAUGGCUAUCGCCCACCUGGCCACCGAGUACGUGUUCUCGGACUUCUUGCUGAAGGAGCCCUCGGAGCCCAAGUUCAAGGGGCUGCGGCUGGAGCUGGCAGUGGAUAAAAUGGUCACGUGCAUCGCGGUGGGGCUGCCCCUGCUGCUCAUUUCGCUGGCCUUCGCGCAGGAAAUCUCGAUCGGUACCCAGAUAAGCUGUUUCUCCCCAAGUUCCUUCUCCUGGCGUCAGGCUGCCUUCGUGGAUUCUUACUGUUGGGCUGCCGUUCAGCAGAAGGACUCCUUGCAGGGCGAUUCCGGACACCUUCCACUGUGGCUGCAUAAGUUUUUCCCCUACAUCCUGCUCCUGGUCGCCAUCCUCCUGUACCUGCCCUCCCUGUUCUGGCGUUUUGCAGCAGCUCCUCAUCUUUGCUCAGAUUUGAAGUUUAUCAUGGAAGAACUUGACAAAGUAUACAACCGCUCCAUUAAAGCCGCAGAGAGCCUGUGUGAUCAGGACAUGAGAGACGGUCCCGGCCCCGUUCCAGGUGUUAAUGAGAACACAGGACAAAGUUUGUGGGAGAUAUCUGAAAGCCACUUCAAAUACCCAAUUGUGGAGCAGUACUUGAAGACGAAGAAACACUGUAACAAUUUGAUCAUCAAGUACGUCAGCUGCCGGUUGCUGACCCUCAGCAUAAUACUGUUAGCGUGCAUCUACCUGGGCUAUUACUUCAGCCUCUCCUCCCUCUCAGAUGAGUUUGUCUGCAGCAUCAAGUCGGGGAUCCUGAGAAAUGACACCACCAUCCCCGAGCGGUUUCAGUGCAAGCUCAUCGCCGUCGGCAUCUUCCAGCUGCUCAGCUUUAUCAACCUCAUGGUGUACAUCCUGUUGGCUCCCGUGGUUGUCUACACGCUCUGUGUUCCGUCCCGACAGAAGACGGACAUUCUCAAAGUGUACGAAAUCCUGCCCACUUUCGAAGUCCUGCGUUUCAAGUCUGAAGGGUACAACGACCUGAGUCUCUACAAUCUUUUCCUGGAGGAGAACAUAAGUGAGCUCAAGUCCUACAAGUGUCUGAAGGUGCUGGAGAACAUCAAAAGCAGCAGCCAGGGUGUCGACCCAAUGCUUCUCCUCACGAACCUUGGCCUGAUCAAGAUGGACGUUGUCGACGGCAGAGGACCCGAGACUGUAGAGAUGAUGGCACAGGAGGAGGAAGACCCGACAGCAGAGCUCAAAGAUUUGAAUGCACCCAGUGAAACUAAAGUAAGCAAUGGAGGGAAGGAUGCUCGGCAGAGGCUUCUGGAUUCUUCUUGCUGAAGGUUUUUUCCUUUGAACUUGAGAUCUGUGACUUCUGUGAGGUGGGAUUUGUAACGGCUGAAGCACUCGGUCGGGUUUCCAGCUGGUUUGCAGCCAGUGCUUCUUGGUAGAAACACUGAGCUUGUCUUAUCGAGUCCCUGAUGAAAAUUACGGUCAACAGAAUGGUGUGGAAGUAAGGUUCAUGGACUUCCAACGAGAAGCACCAUGGAGAUAAGUGAACCACAGCAAGUGUUGAUGUGUAAGUCCUCAUCGAAUGGAAAGUGGAAAGGCUCAUCAAAGAGUCCUAGCCCUUUGAGUGCCUCAGAGGGACACCUUUCUGUGGAGAUAGUGCAGUGAGACUCAGAGCUACCAGCAAGGACUUUGGGAGGCCUUAUUUUUAAUUUGUUUUAGGAAAAAAUAAUAAACAUGUCAGGAUACAAUUUUAA